AUAUUACGCAGAGUCUCCUCCAUCUCACCCCCCACUACCACCACCAACUUCAGGACAUGCGCACGUCAAACCGGGCUGUGAAGGCGAUUAAAACCUCCUAAAUAUUCCCGUUCUGCUAGAAAAGAAGAGCCGAACCGACAACGAACAAUAUGGAGGCCGUUAAGGCGUUUAAUGGCGAGCUGUACUCUCUGAAUGAAUACAAGCCUCCAAUCUCCAAAGCGAAGAUGACCCAGAUUACCAAGUCAGCAAUUAAAGCUAUAAAGUUCUACAAACAUGUGGUCCAAAGUGUGGAGAAAUUCAUUCAAAAGUGCAAGCCUGAGUACAAGGUCCCUGGUCUGUACGUCAUCGACUCCAUUGUCCGGCAGUCUCGGCACCAGUUUGGCCAGGAGAAGGAUGUGUUUGCUCCACGCUUUAGCAAGAACAUCAUUAACACCUUUCAGAACCUCUACAGGUGCCCCUCUGAUGACAAGAGCAAAAUUGUUCGAGUCCUCAAUCUGUGGCAGAAAAACAGUGUAUUCAAAAGUGACAUCAUCCAGCCCCUUCUGGACAUGGCAGCAGGGCUGCCACCCCCGAGUGUGACUCCAGUAAUCGCCAGCAGUGCUGUUCCUGUUAAUAAUGCCACUCCUGGCACUCCUGCAACUCCUGCCACCCCAGCCAACAUAGUGCCCAGUUUACCAGACUGGGCCUCUCAGAUCUCUAACUCUGACACAAUGGCAGCUGUAGCCCAGAUCCUGCAGAGCCCUCAAGGCCAACAGUUGCAGCAGUUGGUGCAAAGCCUACAGAUGCAGCAGCAGAAGCCUCAGCCGUCCCUGCUGCAGGCUCUAGAUGCAGGCCUGGUGGUCCAGCUACAGGCUCUAACAGCCCAGCUCACGGCCGCAGCUGCAGCCAACACACUCAACCCCCUGGAGCAGAGAGUCUCCUCCUUCAACAAGAAACUGUUGGGUCAGUUUGAUUUUGGCAGUGAGUCAGAACCCAGUGAGGACUCUAAAAAGGACACAGCAGCUUCUCAGUUACCCAUGGUUUCUGAGUCUAUCAACAGCUCUAUUUUCCAUCAGUUGGCUGAGCAGCUCCAGCAGCAGAACCUUGAACAGUUUCAGAAGCAAAUCCUGGAGCACCAGCAACAUCAGCAGAAGUCGAUGGCCAUGGAGAGCCAGGAGACAAUAUUUGGUCCUGAAAAUACUGCUCCUCCUGCACAGAGCAAUGUCCAACCACAACUCCAAGAACAGGAAACCAAAUUGGAUGACUCCAUUGACAACCAGCAACAGGACAUGGAACUUGAUGAGGGACAGGAUACCGUAGACGAGGAGAUCUUCGAGUCAGAAGAGAAGAAAACCAGUGGUACUCGUUCAAGAACACGUUCUAGGUCUCGCUCCAGGUCACCUAAGAGGAGGAGGUCAAGGUCCCGCUCAGGCUCUCGAAAGCGCAAACACCGGAAACGGUCACGAUCACGGUCGAGAGACCGAAAGAGGAAAUCCUCCCGCUCCUACUCCAGUGAGCGACGGGCGCGCGAGAGAGAAAAGGAACGGCAGAAGAAAGGCCUUCCUCCCAUUCGCUCUAAAUUUCUCAGCGUUUGCAGCACUACUUUGUGGGUGGGCCAAGUGGACAAGAAGGCCACCCAGCAAGACCUUACCAAUCUUUUUGAAGAGUUCGGCCAGAUUGAAUCCAUCAAUAUGAUUCCUCCCAGAGGCUGUGCUUACAUCUGCAUGGUGCACAGACAAGAUGCCUACCGUGCCCGACAGAAAUUAAGCACCGGCUCUUUUAAAAUUGGCUCCAAGGUUAUAAAGAUUGCCUGGGCCCUCAACAAAGGUGUAAAACAAGAGUAUAAGCAGUUCUGGGAUGUGGACCUUGGAGUGACCUAUAUCCCCUGGGAGAAGGUCAAACUGGAUGACCUGGAUGGCUUUGCAGAAGGAGGCAUGAUUGACCAGGAAACAGUCAACAGUGAUUGGGAAGCUCAAAAGAACAACGCAGAGGCGGCUAAGGAGGUGCAGAUUCAGCCUGUGGCUGCUGAGGCCAGUGCAGUCAGCAGCUCACAAAGUGAAGCCUUUACACAGCCAGUUGCCAUGAUGCCUGUGCAGAUCCCAGUGGCACAGACUGUUCCUGCUGUAGGCCUGGUGCCGCCCACCUUCCCUGUCACCAUGGCAAUGCCCCCGCCAGGCUUUGGUCCUCCACCUCCUUUCCUGAGGGCGGGCUUCAACGCUGCACAGCCUCCUCCGGGUUUCAUGGCAACUCCAGGGGUUGCUCAGUCAGCUGUUGGGGGUGGACUUGCCUCAGCCCAAACAUCUCUGCUGCAAUCUUCAAUGUCAGCAGCUCAAGAAAACAGCAAAGACUCCACGUUUGGAGCCAUAAUCACUCCGACAAGCACUAUUCCAACAAGUUUCAUCCCUACAGCAGUGCCAGGGGCAGGAGUCUUUAACCCCGCAGGAGCACAACCCCAGCAGGCCAGUAGAGAAAAGGCUCCAUCUGUGGAGAAUGUAGACACACCUGCUGAAAUAACACUACAGGGAAUGCAGAAUGCAGCGCGUAGUGGGAUGGGUCUGCUUGGCAUGCACCCUUCUGCAGCUCUUUCUCAUCCUCUCUCUGGUCAGAGAAUGCCCGGUAUGCUGCCCCUUGACCUGCGACCCAACAUCCUUCAAGGAGCUGGGGCGCGCUUCCCGCUCCUCAUGCAGCAGGGCCUGGCUCAGCAGGCCAACAACCUUCUGGAUGCCUCCCUUCAAGCCCAGGCUCGUGCUCGAGCACCUUUCUCUCAAAUGGAGCACUUUAGCCGGACUGAAGCUGCUUUUGCAAGGACCCCCAACCCCUCAGCUGCUGUAACAGACAACCUGGACAAAGCUAAUAAUGAGACCCCUCCCAGGUCAGAUGCUGGAAGCCAACAAGAAGGCGAUCAGGACUAUCGCUUCCCACCCCCAGAAAAACAGAGUACAGGCCUGCUGAAAACUCCUCCGCUGGAGAUGCGCACGGAACCCACCCCUGUUAGACCUCCACUGCUGGAGAGACCCCCUAGAGCUGGCAUGCAACCAGAGAGCCGAGAAGGAGCUGGAAGAAGAGAUUCCCUGCCAGGCAAUUUCAGAGGCGAAUCUCGUUGGGGUCCUCCACGAGGAGACUUUGAUGAGCGUGACAUGAGAGGAUUGCCGACCGGAGCCCCCAAGGGCUUCCAAGAGGACCGCCCCAACCCCAACUUCCAGAACCGCUUUGAAAUGCGUCCUGGAGGACCCACAGGGGGAGGAGGCCCAGGCUGGAAUCGUGGAGGAGGAGGAGGAGCACCUUUCAAUGCCAACAUGCACCAGGACUUUGAUGACCGCCGUCGGCCCUGGGAAAGGCAGAAGGACCGCGAUGACCGAGACUUCCGCAGGGAAAUGAAUGGCAACCGGCACAGCCGGGACCAUGACCGCGACAGGGAGCGAGACAGAGAGCGGGAGAGGGAGCGAGACCGUGGAAGAGACAGGAAUCGUGAGCGCGAGCGAGAGCGAGAGCGGGAUCGGGACAGGGAGAGAGAAAGGGAGCGGGAUAACGAUAAGGAUAAGGAAAGAGACAGAGAGCGCAGUGGUGGCUGGACACCGGUUCAACAGCCUCUUCUCCCUCUGCCAAAGCCUCAGUCUCAGCCCCUGCUCCCUCUACCCACUCCCCUGCUCAACCUGCCUCCAUCACAGCUCGAUUCACAGCCUAAACCGUUACUACCGCAUCCACCUCAACCGGAAUUGCUUCGCCCUGAGCUGCAGCAGCCAGGACGGCAAGCUGAGCCUCAGCCGGAAGCAAAGCCCCAGGCUCAACAGUCUCAACCCCAGUCACCCAGUGCCCCAGAAGAGGUCACAAGCAACAAAGAGAAAAUGGAAGACUUGAAUGUCCAGGAGACUGUAGACUCUAAACCUGAAAUGAACCUCAUCCAGCCUAAGCCAGAGCCCACUACCGAGCCUUCUCGCACCCCCUCUCCUUCUGUUUCCAAGCCCAUGUCAGUCAGCACCCCAGACGAGCCCCCAAAACAAGAGGAAUGCCUGGAAACGCCCGCUGCCCCCCUUGCGGUUAGAGACAGUGAACAGAUUGGGCCGAAGGCAGAAGCUGAGACUGAUCCUGAACUAGUGAAAACUGACACUGAGGAAGCAUAAUCAUCACUCAGUAGGUAAAAGAUCAUUUUGUAUAGUUGUCAUCUCUGUACUUAUUUCAAAGGCUUCCACAGGACCUGCUCAGUUCAUGACAUUGCCUGACACCCUAACAAACGAUUUUACUUUUCAUGCUAAUGAUGUACGUCAUAGAUGGCUCGCAAUAGAGGAUUAUCAAUGGUAGGUGAUAUUUUAAAUAUUUUUAUUUUAAUUCUGUUAUUUCAUGUUUUUAGUUUUUAAUGCAACCCCACUGUUUUAAGCUAGGAAUCCAUGAAAUUUGCUUGCCAAAAUAUUGUGUAGCCUAAUUGUAAAUGCUGGGGUGGGUGGGAGGGUGGGUUGCGCUGUGGGGUGCUUUAACCUUCCUAUGGAAGAGUUUAAGGAUCCUGGCUUUUUCUAAUGGAUUGAUUGCAGAAUACUUGAAAACAGCGGUCACUGGCCUGUUCUGUCUUUUCUUUUCAAAACCGCAGCUGCAAAGUUUGAAAUGAAUGCCUUUGUGGUGUCCUAUGCUUGUUGUCUAUUAAGCAAAGUAUGCGUACAACCAAUACAGUGAGAACAGUAAUGCGUUUUAGUUGCUUUGAAAAGGAACCAAAAAAAAGAUUAAAAUAUGAUGUACUAUCCCCAUGUUAAAUGUCUGAUUUUUCUUCAUCAUACUACAGUGAAUUCAACAGUUCAGCCAGAAAAGGUUACAGAAAGACAAAUGGAUGUUGGGAGCACUCUGUUUUAGUUUCAAAUAAACAUGUUUUUUUGUUAAAAAUGGUUUAGGACUGUAUUUUCUGCAAAGGAAAUCAUCUACACAAAGACAAUUAUAACUGACCAUGAGCCAAAUGUUGAUGGAUCCUGGCAUUAGAGUUACGAAUGUGAGUGAUUGCAGGCUUUUCUUAUAUUUCUAGAGGAGUUGGGUGGCUGUUGGGUUGUGAGACCUAACAGAUUAGGUCUGGGUCUCUGUAGUGUCUCUGACUUUUGUCAUAAUACCACUGUUUUUGUAUGUAAUGUGCUGUAAUGAUUGCAAAAUACACACAAACACAAACAUGUGAUGGCUAUCUGUGCACAAAAGCAGUCAAAUGUCCACUCCUAGCCUUUUCUCCCCUUGGAUGUUGCAGUUUUCUCUAAUUUUCAGCUUCCCAUCUACAUCUAGAUCUACAGUAAGCCUAAUACUCUUAGCCACUACAGUGUCGGAACUGAAAACUUUCUCAGAACUUCAGUAAACGACCUGCAGUACCCAUCAUAAACUGUUUUGAAGUGAAAUGAAAAUUGCGUGGAAUUCUGUUUGAUUGUUCUAGGCCAAGAUUUCCCAACCAGAGGUUAGCAAACCCCUAGUUGUUUGUGUUGGCUUUGCAAGAGGUUCGUCAGACUGUGAUGGAAAUGUCAGUCAAAUUAAAUUAUAUUUCAAAAA